AUGGAAGAACCAACCACGCCCGAAUUCUCCGGUAGGAGCGACUCGGACAGUAUGCUACUGACGUCCAAAAAUGAUGCUGCUACUCCCUCGCUCACCUCUCUAGGAUCUCCAUUCUCUGUGAGCGAUGGAGAAUCUCAACAUUACACUAAGGACUUGGAACCGCCCCCAAGAUUGGACCUUGACAGCGUCACAUUCUCAGAUGCCGAAUUGGCUAAAGACAGGGAAGCACUGGGAAGUGCGGUCUACUCUAGUGCGCUGGAAUCCGAGUCUCAAUUUCAAUCCAAGAAACUCUCAGGUUCUCGACGUAAGAAGUCUACCAGCUCGCUGACGUCGCUGCCGCUUCUAACUCCAAAAGGAAAGAAAAAGGUCAGACGGCGAUCUCGUACCUCCGAUAUAAUGUCGGAAAAGUCUCACAAGUCCGAGCAUUUUGGCAUAGGUUAUACUCAAACACCGGCCACCGGUAAGAUCUUCAGAAACUUAUUGAUUCUUGAGGAGAGUCUCCGACAGCAGACAAUUCAGCAGCGCACAUUAAGACGCAAGUACUUGACAUUUCUCUCGUUUCUCUGUCUGUUGAUUGCUGCCAUCUCUCAUCUCCUAUAUUUUUCUCUGUAUCUGGGGACCUCUCGGGUGGUACUUCAGCUAGUUCUUCUAGCGCUCUGCGUGACGCUCUUAUUGUAUCAUUUGUCUGGUGAAUACCAAAAGACCAUUGUUCUCCCGAGGAAGUUUCUAUCUUCCACGAACAAAGGUCUCCGCCAGUUGAAUGUGCGUUUGGUGAAGAUUAAAAGUUCAUUUGCUGACUCCAAUGCAGACCUCAUAAGAGUAUUCGGAUUAUUCUUUUUCACCAUGGCACUCAAGUUUUUGCAUACGGCAUUCCCUAGUUCUAUCCAGAAUCCCAACUCCAAGUUGGAGGUUUGGUUGGUUUCGGGACAGCUGCAAUGCCAACCACGUUUUGGACUCAAUGAUGUGAAGCUUGUGCUCAUGCCGAGAAGUUUCAGCACCGAUAUAAGGGAGGGUUGGGAGCUUUAUCGGAACGAAUUCUGGGUCAAUGAGGGCGUCAGACGCAGAAAAAAUAUGAUGUCUUUCACGGUAGUUUCUCCCGAAGAAGACAAGGCCAAGAAGGAGAGAAAGGAACGGAGAAAGCGCAAAAGCUCGGUUGUUACACCACAGGCCGUUCUUUCGGAGGCCAAUCUUAAUGCCUUAGGCACCUCUAGUCCGGGCUCGCUAACUCCCUAUCAAUCUAACUAG